CAGCAACAAUGGCGAACAAUGUUGUAUCAUUCGACAAGCUUAAAGCUUUCUGGCACUCUGAGGUUCACGACGAACAAAAAUGGGCCGUUAACAUGAAACUUCUGAGAGCACUUGGGAUGUUUGCAGGAGGAGUCUUCCUGAUGCGUAACUAUGGUGAUCUCAUGGGAGGAAUUUGAGAAGAAUGGAGAGGAGCUUCUCUCUCUCUCUCUCUCUAGUUUUAUCAAUUUGUCAGCUCUUAUAUUUCUACUCUAGAAUUGGUGUACUUCGUUACUGAUUUCAUCUAUGUGAUAAGAUUCAAGAUUUGUGUCUUGUGUUUUCUCUGUCUGGGAUUCUAUAUUAUAUGCUAAAGAGUUUAUUUUUUCCA